AUGCGCUCUCUCUUAUCGUCUGUCAUUAUUGCUUCAUCAUGCGUUCUUCUUGUCUUAGGUCAGCAACAGUAUAGACAGCCAGCACCUGCAUACAUUAUCCAACCAGAUCCAACAGCAUACUUGAACUGGCUUCCAAACAACCCCGGUCAUGGACUCUUCCGCGACAAGAACUCUUCUGUCACACCUUGGACGCCAAAUCCUCUGCAGAAGCCCGCGGACUACCCAAGACCAUUAACUUGCGGCAUUGAAAGUCCAAGCACUCAGACCGAUUUCUGGCUGUCGAACAUCAGGCAUGAAGGCAGCAGUCCAUUUCUCGUAAACGGCGAGAACUACAACGUAUUCCGAAACGUAAAGGACUUUGGAGCUGUAGGCGAUGGUGAAACCGACGACACCGAUGCCUUCAACAGAGCCAUCUCAGAUGAAAGUCGCAUCGGCGGCGGCAAAGGUGCUGGUGGCUCGACAGGUCAGCCAGCGCUCAUAUACGUGCCUUCAGGGACCUACAUGAUUUCCYCCAGCAUCCAACUUUACAUCGAUACACAAAUCAUUGGCGAUGCCAUCAACCCUCCGACGAUCAAGGCUUCCUCAGUCGCCAGAAACAACACGGUUAUCAUUGAUGGAUAUGAUUUCGGACAGCCAUCUACCACGAACUUUUACAUUGGCGUGAGGAACAUCAUUAUCGAUACCACGGCCGUGUCUAAGGAUUACACCAUUUACGCGUUGAAUUGGGCUGUCAGCCAAGCUACGAACUUGAUGAAUGUCGAGUUUGUGAUGCCCGUAGACAGCCAGCACAUUGGAAUUGAGAUGGACGGAGACAGCUCUGGAGGCGGAUCGGGCUUGUAUUUUGGAGAUCUGAGCUUCACUGGUGGUUUGGUGGGGAUUCUCUUCAGCAACCAACAGUACGCCAUCUCUCGAUGCAAGUUCCGGGAUGUCGCGACUGCUAUUGCGAUCAAGCAUGCGUUUGUCGUCACGCUGCAGGAGAUCGACUGUGCCAAUGUGGGGAUCUGCGUGGAUAUGGGAGGGAUCGAUGUUUCGGGGAGUGUCAGUUUGAUUGAUAGCUCAUGCGAUACUUGUGGUGUUGUGGUCAAUGGAACUAGCUCCGUAUUGCUGGAGAACAUUGCAGUGCAGAACUCUGGGCCUACGCUGAAGCUCAAUGGCGUCAACCGAGGUAUCGGUGAUUUGACUGGAAAGACAUAUGCUUCUGGUCACAUUUACCGAGAUGAUCGUGGUGGCCCUGCCAGUACAAAUGGCACCUUUCUGACUUAUACCGAGAGAGGGAGCCUGACUGGUGCUGAUGGAAAGUACUUCGCCAAGAAGCAGCCGCAGUAUCUUGACUAUCCUGCAUCGGCAUUCGCGUCGAUCAAAGAUGCCGGAGCCAGAGGUGAUGGCGUAACGGACGACACUGCUGCCAUUCAGCAAGCUCUUAUAUCCAAUGCCGACUGCAAGAUCACUUACUUUCCUCACGGUAUCUACCUCGUCACAGACACAAUCUAUGUCCCACCGGGCAGUCGUAUUGUCGGUGAGGUCUGGUCUACCAUUACUGCUUCUGGAGAUAAAUUCAAGGAUGACAGCGAUCCUCGUCCUAUGAUACAAGUCGGAAAGCCCGGCGAGGUCGGCGUGGCCGAGUUCUCCGACAUGCUCUUCACUGUAGCGGACAUUCUCCCAGGCGCUAUCAUGGUGGAAGUCAACAUGGCCGGCGAGAACCAGGGAGAUGUCUCCUUCCACAACACCCACUACCGAAUCGGUGGAGCAGCAGACUCCCUUCUCGAAACCGCAUGUCAAACCAUCUCCGACCCUUGCAAAGCAGCAUUCAUGGUUCUCCAUCUCAAGGAGACCUCAUCGACAUAUAUCGAAAACGCCUGGUUGUGGACCGCAGACCACGAUCUCGAUGCCGAGUACGUCCAGCAAAUCGGCACUGGAAGAGGAAUGUAUGUCGAGGCCACACAAGCCACCUGGCUUAUUGGAACUGGUUCCGAACACCACACGCUCUACGCCUAUCAAUUCCACAACGCCCGCAAUGUCUUUGCCAGCUUAAUGCAAGUCGAGACGCCAUACUGGCAACCUCUUCCCCGCGCUCCUCUCCCUUGGACACCCAACGCCACCUGGAACGACCCAGACUUCUCCGGGUGUCGAGCAUCCAACAUCUCGCAGUGUUACAUGCAAUGGGCCCUCCGCAUUCUCGGCGAGGAAACGCAGACGCUGCCGUUGUAUGGACAGGGGAUCUGGGCGUUUUUCAAUGGACCGAAUUAUGGAGCUUGUGCGGGCCCGAAUGGGACUUGUCAGAUCAAUUCUGUGGAAUUGGAUGGUUUGGCUAGGGGGAGAGCAGUGGAGUUGUAUAAUCUCAACACGAAAAGUAUUCAGAAUCUGAUCACGAUUGGGGGGUCGAAUGGUACCGUUGUUGCUACGCAGGAGAGCAGUCCUGGGAGCUGGGGUGGUGUUAUUGCUGCUUAUCUGGGGUAUCAGUAG